CUCACUCACUCACUCACUCACCCUGUCCAGGCCAGCCAUUUUUAUCACAAAUCCUUCGAUGACUUAUGCCGCGGACUGCAAACCAUUUUAGGGUUCUCGCCUGCGCUCGUUGCUUUCGAUUGAAGCGAAAAUGUGACCAUGUUAAACCAACCUGUGGAGAAUGCAGACGGAGAGGUGCAGAAUGUCUACCAGCGAACUCUUGCAAAAAUGGAGAAAACGUAACUGUCCCUUUGGAAUAUCUGAAAUAUCUAGAGACCAGAGUUGCUGAGUUAGAGCAUGGGUCGCGCACCUCAACAACGUCGCUGCAAACACGAGACUUUGGUGUCCAAACCGAGCCGACUGAUCUGCUUACCUGCGAUUCAAUGCCUGAUUGCUGUCCUGAUACUGACAAGGACAACGAUGCUAACGCAUAUCCGCCGAUAUUUUGCGAUCUUCUGGAUUUCGGCUUGCAGCGAAAGCCUCCGGGCUCGAAUGCACAUUCAGUCAUCACAUCGCUUGGGGAUUCUACAAGCUCUAGAGCAAGUGAUGGAUUCGACUCAAUGGAUACGAAUGUGGAUGGCGCUAAACCAACAGAGGUUGGCUCUCUACAUGAUCUUGCCGUAGUGGGCGGUUAUUCAUUCUGGCUCGAAGAAGCCUACACCAACCUAUACUUCUCGAUUACACACUUCAUGUGGCCAUUAUUUGAUUGCAACGCUUGGGGUUCCUGGCGUCGUGACUGGAGCCUAAAUGAAAAGACAGAACCAUGGAAAGGAUUUUUUGUGCAGAUGGUAUAUGCUAUUGGUUCCUUGUCAUACAACGUUCUCCAGCCCGGGCAGAACCAUUCAAAUCGCGCGGCAGAGAUGUAUUCCUCGGCACUGUCGUACUACCCUUACGUUAUGGCAGAAGCGUCCGCUACCCUUCAGAUACAAGCGUCAAUUCUCAUGAUUAUCUACUCUCUUCACUGCCCUUCUUCAGGAGAAAUCUCCAUGUCAGUUUCCUCCAUCGUCCCGUUCUGUUCAGCUACUUUGGCCGAGAUUCAGAAACGCAUCUCUUCUGGUCCGGAUAGCACCCUGGGAGACAUUACGGGAAGGAAUGCCAGCCUAAAUGAGUUAAUGUUCAUCACUUGUUAUAUGUUGAAUGAGAUCAUAGUGUCCGGGUGGGAAAGACCAGUUUCUGCGGCCUAUAGGAUUGUUGAUGAUGAUAUUCAUAUGUUUAGCAAUGCGAUAUUGGAUGUCUCAAACACAAACACGGCGUUGCAACACUUGUUCAGAUUGCGAAAGAUCCAAGCCAAUAUCCGAAGAUACUGGGAUGAGCCAACUGAUAUCCAAAAUUCGAAUGACAGGUCGUUCAAGCUGGCGCUGGAUGAUUGGAGGAAAGACAUACCUCAAUACUCUGUGGAAGAAGCGCAGAGGACCUAUCUCGAUCCUCUAUGGAUGACAAAACUAUACGACUACAGUAUAAUCAUCCUUAUGCAAGGAAAGCGGAAACAUCUCAUGCGCGAAGAUCUUGAUGACAUUCUUUCGGCUGGAGUUGAGGUAUGUCUUAACUAUAGACGUCUGCAGGAAGAAGGUCAAGUGAUGUGCUUUACAUGGUCCGCGCUUGUGUUUCAGUUCCGGACCGGGAUUUUACUUCUCUAUAUAUGUCAGUCCGCGAGCCUGGAGCUCGAUUAUAUGCAGCAGGCUUUUGAGGCCGUAUGUGCCUGUGCAGACAGCCUUACCUAUUUUGCCACCCGUUGGCAGGAUGCCACUCCUUACGCUAAAGUAUUUUACUUCCUUCUUUACUCUGCCUCUUGGCUCCCAGAAGAUCUUCCCGAGCGGCUGCGGUGUGCAUGUUCUUUUAGUGAAUUGGAAGCCUACUUGAAACAAUUAAAGAAACAGUACUUGCACAAAGAGGUUCUCGCAAUGAUUGAGGAUAUGGUAGAACCUCUCAUUUCCGAUAUAUGCUAACAAAUAUAAGGGACUAUGCCUGUUUUGGACAUCCUCUUAGAGUAUUGAUGAGAUAGUGAACCAGAGAGUCUGCAUGGUGUACAU